AUGACAGAAACUGAACAAAUUGUACACUUUGUAUCAUUGGGUUAUGGAGAAUUAAGAAUGGCUAAAAAGUUUGCUACAAAGGAAACAUUGGAGAAGCUAUUUCAAUCAGAGGGUGGUAUCAUUGUCGUAGAUCCAAAUGGUGAGGAGGUUUAUCCUCCUGUUGGUGACAAUGACCACUAUGACAUUGACUCGGCUUUGACAUACACUGUCGUGUCUGAGGAGGAUCUUCGUAGUGACACUGAAGACGAUGACAAUGACCAAGAUAGUGAACCGACAGAGGAAGAAGAGUACAAAGAUGAAGAUAAUAUCGAUGAAGAUGACUAUGAUGAUGAUGAUGAUAUCGAUUGUGACGACGAUCUCUUAUUGGCCAAUCAAGUCGAUGGCAAAUUAAAGAUUCACAAAGAUGUAAGGGAUCCAUCUACAUCUGCAAACGAAGAAAAUCAUCGUAUGCACGAACACAACGAACAGUGUCAACAACACCGCCACCAACAACAUGAAGAUAAAAAAGAUUGUUGUGACCAUGAUCACAAUGAUCAUGACCACGAACAUGCACACACCAACAAUACCGCUACUCCACAUGCCAACAACAAUGACAAUGGAUUCAACAAAUUAUUAAAAAUGAGAGAAGAAAGAAUUAAAAUGAUUAGAGAAUUCUAUACUAGAUUGCAUCCAAACAUUUUCAAAUUGGAGAGAGAAUAUUUCGAAGAGUCAUUUAUCAAAGCAAUCGAUGAUUUCAAGGCAUCUGGAUGUAAAAACUAUUCUGCUUUGGAUGGUGCAUUCACCAAACUCACAGAUACCCGUAUUUACUCUAUUAGGAUUUUUAACAGACAAUUUUGCGAUAAAUUAAGGGAAGAAGUUGAAAACUUUAGAAAAUCAGGAUUACCAUCUACCAAACCAAACUCUAUGAACAACUAUGGACUUAUUUUGGAUGAAAUUGGAUUCACAGAAUUGUUUACAGAUUUACGCGAAAACUAUUUAAAAUACUUUACCUCUUAUCUCUAUCCAGAUUAUAAUGGUGCAGACAUUGAUAGUCAUCACGCAUUUAUUGUACAAUACAAGAUGAAUCAAGACAAGGAUUUGGGAUUCCAUUAUGAUGAGUCUGAUGUCACUGUCAACAUUUGUUUAUCAGACAACUUUACUGGAUCAUCUCUUUACUUUAAGGGUAUUCUUGAAAAGGAAGACACUCACAACGAAAAUUUUGAAUACAACCAUUCACCUGGACAAUGCAUCAUGCACAUCGGACAUCACCGUCAUGGCGCCAAUGGUUUAACAGGAGGUGAAAGAUCAAAUCUAAUUUUGUGGCUUAGAAGUAUCAACAAGGCUGCACAAAGUGAUGUUUGUGCUUCUUCUGCACACUCAUUAUAA